AUGUUCUCGGGUUGCGUCAUCUAUACCCUUCGUGAGCCUCGCGGGUUCUCCAGUGAUGGAGUCAACGACCAUGGAAGGAGACCAACUACAACCCUCAAACCACACGGAAUGCUUCAAAUGCGAGCAAUGUCAGAAGUCUUACACGCGCAAAGAGCAUCUAAAACGCCAUCUUGCCAGUCAUAACCCGUUACGGCAGCUUAGCUGUUCGAUAUGCUCCCGAGAGUUUCGUAGAAGGGACUCGUUGAAGCGACAUAUGGCUAUCCAUGGCCAUCAGGCAGCUCAAUCCUUCGCCGCUAACUUGCCUGGGAUAAAACGGUGUGCUCGGGCGUGCCUUAGCUGUGUACGAUCUAAGCAACGGUGCAUUGGUGGCAUGCCGUGUGAGCGAUGCAGUCAUAAGAGGGCACGCUGCGUCUAUCCAACCUCGACACCUGAGACUAUAGGGGGAUCGAACAUUUCUAAUUGGACAUCUUCAGAUGUUUGGUCUACUCCCACGCCUGGCCACGCGCAGAGGGCAGACGAAACCACGCAGGAUGAUACAAAUGCUGCGCCUACAGGGGGAUCUGAUUCGCUUACUUCAGAUGAUCGUACUAUGAAUACGGAUUUUAUGGAGGUCGACCCUCUUGGGGAAUUGGGCAAUAGUUCACGUAUAACCCAUGCGCCAGCAAAUUCCGACAACACAGAGCUGCCACCUUUACCUCAGAUGUCGUUUUCCUCGGAACUAGACACCUUCAGCGGUUUCUUGUUUCAUCCAUUUGCCCUAUGGCCUGAAGACGAUUUUGCAGCACCAUUUGGCAUCACAGAUUAUGAUGACAUACCCGUUGUCACAGGUCGGGAUGGUCUGCAAAGAUCACAUACGACCUCUAUCCGUCCGACACCCAUGCCAGACAUGCGGCCUCAUGUACCAACCCUGUCGGGAACCGAAACGAACAAUGGUCCUCGAUUUCCUGAUCUUCGACCAGAGGACAUGGGUACGGUUAUCUCUGAGAAAUUCGGCCAUGUAAAGCAGAUACCCGAAGCAGCUUACCAGAAAAUCAAGCAAUUUUAUCAGGAAGUGAAGACAACUUCCGUGGGUCUUGGGGCAGAUGACUUCCCCCCUUUGGAGCUUCUAGGCUCCUUCCUUGAGUUGUACUUUGAAUAUUUUAACCCUAUAAUACCAAUAAUACACCAGGCAACUUUUAAACCAUCUUCGGAAAACUGGACUCUACUUUUGGCGAUGAUAACUGUGGGUGGUCAAUAUUCAACGCUUUAUGCUCGGGAGCCGUACGUCAUAGCGUUACAGGCGCUCUUACAGCAUGCAGUAUCAGCUAAGGCCACGAAUAGGAUACUAGUCAAUGGCGGCCUCAGCUCCGCACAGUCCGUCUUCUUGCUUCAGAUGUGUCUGUUCUUCAAUGGCGCCAAACAAUGCCUAAUUGACAUGCAAUGUCAGCGAGGCUGGCUCCUAGCGAUGUUGCGCCCAGCACUUGCAAGACAUGGCUCAAUCUUUCGUGGCACGGAGAUCUCUACCGAGAAUAACGAUCAAUGGCUGAAUUGGAUUCGCCGUGAGUCGUGGCAUCGGCUAGUGUACUUUACAUGGUAUCUUGAAUGCAUGGGUUUCAUUCUGUUUGACCUACCGCCCAACCUUGACGUGAUCGAGUUACACCAGCCUUUGCCGUGCAAAGAAGGUCUGUGGGGUAGUUCGAAUGUUACGGAAUGGCAGAUACAUUUAUCGAAGUCAAAAGAACCUCCGAGCUUAAGACAGAUGUUAGGCAAGCACGCGUUAAUACGGGAGACAAUGCCAGAACUUGGGGAUGCAGCGCAUUUGAUUGUUUUACUGUCGUUGUACGUGGAAGAAAGUCGUAUUUUGCAACUGACAAAUUCUUGGAUAUACUCGCAAGGGGUCCAUGCACUUAAUAACUCUGAGUGUGAAUGCAUCCGCGAUGGAAAUCUCUGGUCUACGCCUCAACGACAGGAGACAAUGCUAGACAGAUAUUUUGAGUAUUUCAGGCUCAAAACACAACCACCUUCAGAGUACCCGUUAUUGCAAGACAUCACUUCGAAGACAUAUCACAUGGUCUCCAUUCUUCGACUUGUGCCACUGAAUACGCUGCGCAUCUUUUCCAGAUGGAUGACAACCCCCGAGAAGAUUGAACGAGCGAGGAAAGAGCUUGAGGCAUGGAUAAACGGAGGAUAUAGCGCCCGAAAAGCUCUGCUACACGCAGCUGCAUUAUUUCAGUCUAUCAGAGAUCAGCGAACAGCGAUCCAUUCAGACCCAUGGUAUAUGAUGGCUGCUUCUCUCUGCAUCUGGACUCACAUAAAGCUGUCGAAACGAUCCGAAAUACCCUCUACAGAUCAUCCAUUGAGAAUCGAUAAACCGUCUGAUUCACUAGCUUUGCAGUCAUGGCUCAACGGUUCACGGGCGAUGAGCGUGCAUAUCACAGGAAUCGGAUUCCUGUACGAAGCGGACAGCGCAUCUCGUACAUUACAGCAGACCAUAAAGAUACUGCGUCGAGGUGGCUCGUGGGGUCAAAUUGGUCGUCAUUUCGCGGCCGUCUUCCAGCAAGUACUCGAUGGGUCGACUCCAUCGCUCCCAGCUUAAUCCCUGUUGUUGGAGAUACGGAGAUGUUUCAGUGGUUUCUCGAAUCGAAUCUACUCACCAAGGAUUGCCGCUUUAUAUCCAUCUGCGCAGUCCACUGUUGAAUUAGCAGCGAUUGUAUAAGGAUUACCCGAAUCUUGCGCGGGAUGAAUAUGCCUUUGGGGCUGAAGCUGCUGGACAUUUGUUGCAUAAUAUGCCAGCAUCCUCUAUCCAUCCCCGGACGCUGGCGAGAUGGAGGAAAUUUGGGUCCUAGACUAUCCUUUUGAAAGCGAUGAUGACGUGGGGGUGCCGUCCGAAGGCGACGCUAUAGGCAAUCUCUCUUGUACUAUAUAUGAAGUGUAGUUCACGAUACAAUGAUUCAUAACCAUCAAGUGUCUUCUGGG